ACUCUCUUAAAUAAAGUUACGAAUGGUUUUAAUCACGUGAUAAAUUGCAGACAAAAUGGCUGAAGAAGUUAACGAAAAUCAACCGAGGCAUCGGUUUAGCAAUGGUAAUUUAAGUAAUGGAGGAAAUAUGCCAGAUAUCAAGAAAACUUUCUCUCCCAAUUUACAACGGAUUCGAGACCAAGCUCAGAUUCUGAAGUCUGAUAUGAUGAGUAAUCUAGGACAUCAGCUUGAUGAAUUAUUUGAAUCCUUUGUAACGGAAGUUGAACGAAUCGAACAAGAACCUCAAGUUGAUAAAAACUACAAGGCCUUUGAGAGCGCUAAUAAAAGUAAAAAGCGUUCAGAUGGCUCAUUACCAGAUAAAGUAUUUGUCAAUAGGAGAUCUGUUCUCAGUGAAUUAUUUGAAGUCAAUCAUAUUCGAACAAUAUAUCACAUUUUUGUGGCUAUUCUGAUUGUAUUUUCACUGAAUACUUUUAUACAUGACUGGAUUCAUACUGGAGGGCCAGUUUUAGAUUUCGGUUUGAUUCAGUGGAAUUUUGGGCAAUUUCCAAGAGUGAUAGCACUGUGGUUAUGUAUGAAAUCCAGUACUCUGGUCAUCGUCUAUCCUGUUUUUCACUUCUACGCCAACAAUAGAAAACCAGGCAGGGCCAGAUUAUAUGAUUAUAUAUGGCUUGGUAUUUAUAUAAUCUAUCAGAUGUGUUAUUUGGUCAUACCUCUGGUGUAUUUAUUUGAUAAUAAAUUUGCACCGGCCUCAUCUAUUAUUAUAACUUGUGAACAGCUUCGUUUAUUGAUGAAGACUCAUGCCUUUAUUAGAUCUAAUAUACCUCGUGUUAUAAACUACAAAAAAAAUGAUGAUGGUGAAGAGAGAGCAGUUAUUCCUGACUUUUCAAAAUAUUUAUAUUUUCUGUUUGCACCAACUUUGGUUUAUCAGGAUUCCUACCCCAGGACACCAUCAAUCUCAUGGAGAUAUGUUGUCAGUAAUUUUGGUCAAGUUUUGGCGUGUAUGUUCUACAUUUAUUAUAUCUUUGAACGAUUCUGCGUACCAGUGUUCCAGAAUUUUAACCGAGAACAUGUGACACUGAAAGGUUUUAUGUUGUCAGUAUUUGGAUGUAUGUUACCUGGAACACUAGUUCUAUUUAUAGGUUUCUUUGCUAUUCUACAUUCAUGGUUGAAUGCUUUUGCUGAAAUGUUAAGUUUUGGAGACAGAUUAUUUUAUAAGGAUUGGUGGAAUUCUACUACGUUUGCUAAUUACUAUAGAACCUGGAAUGUUGUUGUACAUGAUUGGUUAUAUACCUAUGUAUAUAAAGAUGUAUAUUAUUUAGUUGGUGGGCGAGCUGGAUCAAUGGGAGUCGUAUUCAUAUUUUCUGCUAUAUUUCACGAGUAUAUUCUAAUUGCUACUUUUGGUUUCUUCUAUCCUGUUUUGUUUGUUAUGUUUGCUGGAGCUGGCUUUGGUUUUAUAUUUUUAACUGAUAAAGGAACCGCGAGAGGAUUAAAUGUAUUUAUGUGGGUAGCAUUGUUUAUUGGGACUGGAUUAUUAAUGUGUUUAUACAGUAUGGAAUGGUAUGCCAGAGCUAAUUGUCCUAAUUCUACUGAUAAUUUCUUGGAUUACCUCAUUCCACGUUCCUGGAAUUGUGAUUUUACCAGUCUGAAGGCUAAAUCUUAAAUGAUUAAGAGGAAGUAACUGAAUAUGAAAAUGGAAAACCAAAGAUAGGAACCAUAUCUCUGUUUAUAUAGAUGUUGUUAUAGUUUGAGGAAUUAAAUAGUCAAAGUUUGUUACUGUAACCAUGACAAUGAUUUGUUAUUGUGAUAUGGAUGGUUACUUGAUUAUUAAAUAAAUCCUGGGCUACACAUCUAUAAAAUACAAGCUGUUAAUCUUAAACCAUUUUUGGUGAGAUUCGAACUCAUUAUUUGAAUUUCUGGUCAAACGGACUAAGAGUUGUACAUUGUAUUUGAACCCAUUAGGUACCAAAUCUCCUACUAUUUUUGGCGUCAUUACCAAAUCAUCUUGAUCGCCAGCUAGCGACAUGACUCAUGUUUAUCGACACCAAGUGGCUGUAAUAGUGGUUGUAGGAAUAGCGAUACGGUAAGUUACAUGUCUUACGAAAACAUUCUCAAGUGUUAAUGUUUGGAAGAAAAUUUACGCUGGAAAUCGCAUGUCUUUUUCAUAUGAAAGAUCUUUCAGUUUUCUACAAAAAAAACCCUACAUCUGAUGUGCAGUAUGUGAAAUGUUAUGAGCUCUUAAACAUAUAUGUGAUAUUAUGACACCAUAGUAAAGAAGCUUCAGUAAUUUGACAUUAUUUACAAUUUUUUAGUACAGUUUCUGAAACGUUAAUAUAUUUAGUGGCAGGAUUUCUGCAAAAAUAUGUCAUUUGUAAAUAGUAAAUUAAAAUGUUUGUUAAUGUAUAUUAAUGUUUGUUGACACAAGAUCUCCAUGCUAUCAUCCAUAAUAUUAAUUAAUAAAUUAUAUUAGUUACUGUAAAAUAAGACGUCAAAAGGUUAAAUGAAGUCAUAUUAACUUCACUCUUGUGUUAACCUGAACAUUGAUUUCUUGUAUUACAAUUUAAAACAACCUGUGCCUUAUUCUGAAAUAAUGUAACCCAAUCUGAUAGGCUGUGAUAUUUUUAAAGUUUAUCCUGGCAUAGAAAUAAUUGUGUUGUCUGUUUAAAAUAAUAUUCACUUCUGCAUAAGAUUACAAGAAACAUUCAUCAUUUUUCAGCCUAAGCUGCAGUAUUUUUCAAUGUGUGUAACUCAGGGCAGGCCCUGAAAGAAAAAGAAAUCACAUUACAAUAUAUUUAUACCUUUUCAUGCUCAGUAAGCAAAUAUAGCUUGAAUAUUACAUCACUAUCACUGCCUCAUCAUGUUUAGGACGAAAACUACCAACUUUGUGGUUUUCCAAGUUAACUGUUUAUUAUUGCCUUCUUCUCAGUCCACUACUGAGUUGUCUACCCUUGGCAAGGAUAGAGCUUCAAUUGUGUUAUUACUAGAUGAUCAUACCCAAUUUCUUUUCAAUUGUUAGGUAACAAUGUAGAUAUCAUGUACAUGUACUUGUAUAAUUUCUAAUCAAGAACCAAUUGGCCAUGCUCUCAUAUUGUUUACUGCAACAAAUAUUUGUUAAAGUCAAAGCAGUGACAAUUUGGACUGGAUCAAUCAAGGCUAAUGUGUUAUCAAAUCUUUGAUUAUGUUCAUAUUGUUGUUCGAGGUAUUCAUUAUGAUUAAUAAAACCAAACUUCUAUACCUAUGUCAUUACUAUGUAAUGUAUAAUGUAAUGUAAUUUGAAAAUGUAAUAUAGGAUGUAAAUUAAUAAUUAUUUUUAGAAUUAUUGCAAGGAAUAAAAUGAAUCACAAUGGUCAGAUACAAAUUAUUAUUGUAUAUACCACUGAUCAGAUUUAUGUAAUUUAAUAGAUUACAUGAAUUUACAUAUUUUAAAUGUAACUUUCUAUUUUAUCCUAAAUUAAAUUGAUCUAUAUUAAAAUAAAUAUAUAUCAAUUUGAUUGAGUAAAAAAAACAUCAGUUUGAUUUAAUGUUUAUAGAAUUAUAAUAAGGCAUGAAUUCAAAUCCUUAAUGUUACCUAUAUAAUUCAGUUAUAUAUGAAUUAUUAAAAGUUCAGAAAAAUUACCUUCCCCAACCGCCACCCCACCAUAAACACAAACAAUGAAUCAUUCAUUGCAUGUUCAUAGCUGUAAACAUAAAAUUAAUAGGAAAAUACCAAGAGUUAAAUCUGUCUCUGAAUCAACCUUUCCAUGAUUCCUAAUACUGGAUCAACUUAGUCAUGAUUCUAAUCUUGCCCAUCUUCACAAUGUCAAAGGUUCAAGGAAAUCAGCUGUAACGUUGAUUGUAUUAGACAACUCUAUUGUUUAAAGAAACGUUAUCUUAAUGCAUGUAGACUGUUAAUGAAGCAGAAACCCCGUUAAUUUCAACGAUCAAAACACUGCAGUUAUGCAGAACCUUUUUAGUCUGGGUUUCAAAUUUGUAUUUGUUUUCCAAUAUUCAUGUUUUUAGGGCGUGACUUACAUGUAUGCAUAUGCACUUAUUACCAUGUCUUUCAAAAUCAAAACAAAGGCUAAUGGGUUGAUUGGUUGCUAUUUUACAGGUGGAAUCAGUCAACCAAUAUAAGGGCAACUGCUAGCAUAUUUUUUAUACGCUCACAUUUUCACGUGGAUGUAGAUUGUCGUUGCCCCUGACCAUCUGUUCACAUUUUGUUUGUGGACAUUCUACAGGUCAGAAUUUUUAUCCGAUUUUGACGAAACUUGAAAGAUGGGGUUAUAUCCCAAAGAUCUUGAUGAAACUUAAAAUAUAUGUUUAUAUCCCACAUAUCUCGGUUCCUUUCGAUUGUGCAUAUUACAGUAUGCUACUGGUGUGUGUAUGUUUGUUUUACACACAAUUUUUAACUUUUAGAUAGUCUAAUGCGAGUAUACAUGUGUAGUAUAAGACAAAGAACCAUGAUAUUGUGAAGAUGAAUACUGCCUUUUCCAUUUGUAUAAGUAACAAUUGUUAUAUAGGUCUGUUUAUUUAUCUGUUUAUUUGUUGUAUUAAUGUAUCUGCCACUAUUAACUCAGUAUUGAUGUAACAUAAUGUGCAUGUAUAUAAAUGUAUAUAAACCUAAAUAAAACCGAAGACUGAAAA